GGGAUAUGCGAGUGAGCUAAACGAUGGAAAAGGAUGAUCAUUAUUCAACUCUCAACCACAAAGAGAAUGUACAUCAAUUUAAUCUUUGCUCCAUAUCAUCUAGUAUCAAGCAAUGAAGAUCAUUUAAUUUGAGUAAGAAUCAGGAGAAGAAGAUGAGAGUCAUUGCGUGUAUCACGCUUCUCAUUUGGGGAGCAAUUUCAACCAAGAAUGCCAGCGGAACAUUUUGUUCUUCAGGCUCCUUGAGUCCGCACACCGGGUUUUGCUACCACGUCCAUCCAGAGAAAAAUGCCAAAGUGAAAGAUUCGAGAAAGAUCUGCCGAGACACCUAUGGGGGAGACAUUCCUUCCAUCUUUUCUGAUGAUGAAAAUACGUUCAUCAAAAACCUCCUGGAACCGGAAAGUCAUGAACAUUACUGGAUAGGUGUCAACGAUCGGUUGCUAGAAGAUGAUUUCCGUGACGUCAUGCGAAACGAGAGACUAAACUACAGUCACUGGAAAGCAAAUGAACCAGACAAUGCGUUUUAUGCCGACUGUGCAGCUAUGGAGAGAUUAAGUGGUGAAUGGAUAGACUACUCAUGUUCGACACUAUCAUACUUCGCACUGGGAAUCAUCUGUCAGCAACCCCCUAAUCCAAACCCAUACACACUGUGUCCUGCUAAUAUGCUCAAAUAUGUCGCUUCUUCGGGGACAGAGUGCUACUGGUUUUCGAUGGACAAAUUAACAGCUCUUCAGGCCGUAUCCCACUGUGCAUCUAUGGGCUCUAAGUUGGCUUUCAUUGAAGACCAAGUCUUGGAUCUUUUCCUUUAUUCCUACCAACAGAGUGCAGAGAUGGACACGCUAUGGAUUGGGACUCAGCAAUUGCUUGAUAGCAGUGGUCAAAGUUACCGAUCGGUAGAGUUUGGUACGACCACACCCGUUUACUAUGAUAACUUCAUGUCCACAUACUCGGGAAAUGAGACCCUUGUCUGUGCAGCCAAGAUCAGCUCAGAAGGCGGGAAGUGGAAUCAAUUGAACUGCGACGAAGGAACGUACCAUUUCGUUUGCCGGUUUAUUAAUGGGACAGAAACUAAUACAUCUACGGAAACCACAGUUGCAACAACAACCACCACCAUUCCCUCUACCACGCCAGCCAAUACCACUAUCCACACAACAACUGAAGCUACGACUCCUUCCACCACCAAUCCAACCACGACAGCACCAACAACAACAGAAUCUACAACAGCCGUGCUAACUACGACUCAAGCAACUACAACUCCUACAACAACAGAACCUACGACACCAAAACCCACCACAACGGAAGAAGAUACAACGACUUUGCCCUCAACCACAGCAACCACUACCCACAAUCCAACUACAACAGCAGUUACUACCACCAUACCUACAACAUACUCUUCUACAACGCAACCUGACACAACAGAUAGAGUAACAACUAUCACUGCUACAACUACUCAAGCCACCACAUCGGAAACAACUGCAACUUCAAUUUCCAUAUCCACAGAAGCAACGGGUAGGUAUUUUGGUAAGGUGUAUUUUGUUGUACGUGUUUCUGCAUUCCGUGUUACAUGUCUGUCUUCGUUGUGAGUCUGUGUGUAUUGUAAACCCGUGAAACCAUGAGCGAUCAAUGCGCGCGCAAACUCUCCUGGUCAUCGAAACGUAGGUGGGAUGGGAGGGGGUUUAAUGAUCACCAAAACUUCUUCUUUUUCUCCCUCUUUAAGAUGCCCUGGCACGCUCGCCAGAGGCUGUGGCUUUCAAAUCACUAUCUACAGGAUAUUCAAUAGCUGACACGGUCGUAGACAGUCUUUUAAAGGAGGCACAGACGUUGGAAGCAGUGUCCUUUCUGAUGAUCAGAGGGAUGAGGUAGGAUAUCAUCGUCAUUGUGUCGUCAAGGAGGCUCAUCUAUGCAAAUCAAGAACAACAUCCAUCUUCAUAAGACUCCGGAAUUCAACCCUGAUGAUAGUACAUCGAGUUUCUUCGAUGUAUCGUCUUUUAGACUCAGACUGGAGGCGGCGCCAUAUUGGGAACCAAGGCGACAAGAUCAUUAGUGAUGAUUGUUAUAUUGAUGCUUGUUUAAAAUGUCAAAUGUUUUUAGCGUGGUUAUAGAAAAUUGUUUUAUGUAACAUUAUAUACGCAAUAGUACCUUUCUUAAUAUUAUCAUGUUUGUUGCUUUCUAAGAAACUCUGCUAGCAGUGUUAGGGGCUGCCGUCCCCUUUAUAAGAAAUAACGAAGGAAAAGAAUUGAAAAGAAGGCAGCUAGAAAUUAGACUUAUUGAAAAAUUGAGUAUUGUGUAACUAUGUAAUAAAAAAUUUUCAUUGAGAAAACAAAUAAUGUAGAAACCUUAAGGUUAUUAUACCCCCAUCAAAAUAUCAUGUCAAUCGUAGCUUUAACACAGAUGUUUAUAUUUUUCAUUACGAAAACGUACAAUUUUGGGUAUGCAUUCUGCGUUACCAUCAUAAUGGUAAUCUGCUUAUAAGAGAACUGAAAAUCGCUGAUAAAUAAAUACACGACAAGUUGGAAAACAGCUCCACUUAUCAUUUCCAAUCACCAUAUUAGCUUAUAAAGUGAUAUAUGAGAUCUUUAUUGCUUAAUAGUUUUGGCAAAAGGCUUUUAUAGCUACCAUUUAACAAUCAGACGUUAUAUUCCAACAAACUUACUCAAUACUAUAGUUUUUUAAAUAAAAUUUAGUCAGGUUUUUAAUAUUAGUACAUAUGCAGUCCAUGCUGGCACAUUAAAUGUCAUGCAUAUCAUUUCAGAAGAUAAUUAUGUAACUCGUAGUUAAAAUAAAGUUCGAUUGUACAUCAAUACAUUCUAACAACAGAGAUUGAUAACAGACUGUAGAGCUCCUAGGGUAUUACGGACCAUAAACAUAAACUUGGAGUUCAUGUCAUAAACUUCAAGUUUGAGAUGCUUUCAAAAAAUAUUUUAAAAAAUUAUACAUGUUUAUCAACAUUUCUUAGUAAAAGCACAAAACUUAAGUGUCACCUGAUAAGAAAUAUAUACCUUUUUGUAUUAACAGUAAUGAAACUAUUUAUGCUUUUGUUCUUGCAAUGAAUAAAGUCGAAAUUUGAGUUCUGGAUCUGUUGCUUUACCAGGAAUAAAGGAUAUUCACGAAGUAAACAAAUUUAUUUGCUUCUGUGGUAGUAAUAAUAUACACUUAUUUUGUAAAAAGAAAAUUCUUAGACAAACUAAGAAAUGCAUGUAAAUGACCUGACUUUGAGAUAAUUCUAUCAGCGUUGAAACGUCAUAACGAAAUUGAAAUAAAUGCAUUACAAACUUAUCUCAGAGAAUAUGUCAAAACGAAGUUGCUUUAUCUUUUUGCUUUAAUG